CUUCUCGUUCUUACUUCGUUCGGUGAACACCCAGAAGCCACAAACACAUUAUCAACAGCAAUGGCCGAUCUUUCCCCCAGAGAAGUCGAGAGGGCGGAAUUCUGUUUCUCGAUUUACGAUGCCGACGGCACGAACGUCAUCGACGCUAUUGAUCUCGGAAAUGUUCUUCGUGCCCUCAACCUGAACCCCACGAAUGCGACAAUUGAGAAAAUGGGUGGUACGGCGAAGAAGAACGAGAAGAAAAUGGCCUUCGAUGAAUUCCUACCUAUCUUCAGUCAACUCAAGCACGACAAGGAUCAGGGAACCUAUGAGGACUUCCUCGAGUGUCUGAAACUCUACGACAAAGCGGAAAACGGUACCAUGCUGUUUGGUGACCUGCAAAACAUGCUCCUGACCCUCGGUGAGAAGCUUGAGGAUGCUGAGGUCGACACUGUCCUGAAAGAAUGCUGCGAACCAGAGGAUGAAGAUGGUUUCAUUCCCUAUGCACCUUUCCUGAAGAAAAUGAUGGUGCUUCUGUAAAUCCAGAUAAAUGUUUAAAUAUGACCAGCCGGAUGUAGAAAUAUGUCACCCUUUCCUACGUCGGCUGUGUGACCGAGAGGAAGAAUCGAAUCAAUAAACACCAAAUGCCACCUCAAGUCCAGCGAUUCUUCGAGAUAAUUUUUGAAAAGAAUAAUAAGGCGCGAGAAGAGCCACGAAUACUUUAAUUGCAUCAUGUCACACACUCGCGUACGAGUUUCAUCUUUCUAUCCGUUUCACAUAUUUUUGUUUCGUUUAUAUCGAUCCAAGGACGGCCAGUAAAUUAAUAAAACGGAAUGAAAUCAUCAGCCACAAAAGAAUCUAAUUAAGAUGCGAGAAACUAUUCGCCGAACACAGAACGCGUCAUUUCAUUUGGUUUUGGACAAUAUUACCUCAUUACCCUGAAUUGCCUCAAUAAUUUACCUUCAUUGUUCUUUAUUUAGCAUAUUUUUCUUCUUUAGGAAGUGAAAAUUCAUGUACUUUGAUUAUUUAUUUAAAUGAAAAUGGAAACCCAACAUAUUUUAUGAUGUAUGCAGGUGCAUUGUGUUAAACCGAAUAAAAUGACUGUUAUUUUAAUUAUUACGAAUUAAUAAAAUUGAAUAUUACAUAAAUAAAUUGCACUUUCGAUUGAUGAGAGAGUGCCAAAAACCAAAUAA